CGCAAAUGCGUAGAUGGGCCCCAGGAAAUAUGUAACUUCGGUGAAUUAAAAACCUGCCCACAGACAUAUUCAAGAUGGUGUUAGAAAGCAUUGCGAAGAUUAUUAAAAUCCAGCUCCCAGCCUACCUCAAAAAGCUACCUUUACCAGAAACUAUCGGAGGAUUUGCGAGGUUAACAGUUUCAGAGUGGCUCCGGCUUCUUCCCCUGCUGGGUAUCCUGGCCCUCCUGGGCUACCUCACCAUCCGGCCCUUCCUCCCCAAGAAGAAGAAGCAGAAGGACAGCCUCAUCAACCUGAAGAUCCAGAAGGAGAACCCCAAGGUCGUCAACGAGAUCGACAUCGAGGACCUGAAAAGCGCCAGCGCCUGCUACUGCCGGUGCUGGCGAUCUAAAACGUUUCCUGUGUGCGAUAAAUCGCACAUUAAGCACAACAUGCUGACGGGAGACAACGUGGGCCCGUUAAUACUGAAGAAGAAAAUUCUAUAAUCCCUCACUUCUGUCGGGCAGUCCGUAGGUCUUUUAAAAAUUAUCUUUAUUUAGAGGUGGGCCUCUUUUUUACCGUUUUGUAUCAUUUAGCUGUUUCUGACUUUCCCUGUGUUUCACUUUUUUUUUUCUUUUCUUUUUGGUGAGGAGUGGGGGUGGUUAUGUUGUAGAAAGGUAGCACACGUUGCCUCUAUUCCAUGGUAGCCUCUCCUAAAUACAACCGAUUAUCAUACCCUGGGCGCAAAACCUGAACGACUGUAAAGGAUGACUUCCGUGCCACAAUGCCGUUAAUCUUUUGUGAAUCAGUGGUGACCAUGUGUACAGCAAAUAUCAAAUCAGAUGCAUUGUGGGGUUUUUUUUUUUUUGGCUUCAUUUCAACUUGACUAUGACUUGAAUCAUGACUACGACAGGUUAAUUUUAUUUAGCCAUUAACAGUUUUUUUAGCUUUUGCGUCUUAAUAUCUGCGCGCCAACUCGCCUUGCUCAUUUUCUGUAGCUAAAACAAGUUCUAGCUAGCCGAUUCAAAACUGUGGCUCAACGCUGAGCGACUCGGCAAGCUUAAAAAGGCUUACCCCAUUUCUUGUUGUAGUCUUCUAAAGGGACUUCUCCUGUACAGAACACGCAUUUGAGACAAUUAAGGGACUGUAAACCUCCCAAAAUAGUUUUGAACAGCUUGGACCAUUUUUAGGGAACCAACUUUAUAAAACAUUUUUUUUAUUUUUUUAUUCCAGAGAUUCAAGCUCAGUGAGUUAGUACCAGCAUUUAACAUCAAUACCAGCCAUCUCCCCAAAGACAUUUGCAUCUGACGAAUCGCUUUUCAUAGCUUUUAUGUCAAUAAAUAAUGUGAAGAUGUCACACCCAAAGCUUACCAUUUUCAUUGGCACCAUACUGAAUCUUGUUUUUAUACAACUGCCUAUAAUUUAGUGGCAGCAUAUUCUAAUAUGAUUUUGUGUCAUUUUUUCCCUUUGCAGAUCAAUCAACACAUAUUUCCGCUGGGUAGAUGGUAUUGUUUCUGUUCUGUUCAAAAUGUUAUUUGGAAAUAGAUCCUUUUGGUUGUAAUGUCUGGUAUGUAUGCUGUAAUAAAGCUUCCAAUGGUUUUUGUAACAAACA